AUGGACCAAAGCCCGGUUGCAGUUGCUACCAAAUGGUUCGAGGCUUACAGCGCAGGCAAUUUUGAAGCAAUGAAAAGUCUGGCCGCAGAUGGAUAUACUUUCGAAGAUCCGGCAUUUGGAAAACUGGAAGGUGACCGAGCGCUUGGCAUGUAUAAAAUGUUUACCUCCACUCGUGACAAGACUGAGGCGGUCUGGAACGUACACGAAGUCAAGCCUUCAGAAUCGGACCCUCAAAGGGCUAUCGUACAAUUUGAAGCGAUUUACAAGUUCAACGGGCGUCCGGUUACGAACCAGAUCACUUCCAAUAUACUGGUGGUUGACGGAAAAGUGAAAGAACAAGUAGAUUCAUUUGACGUACCGAAAUGGGCUGGUGAGACACCUGUGCUUUCAGGAGGAAGCCACUGGUAG